AGCGAAAUGGCUGGUAAGGUAUUGUAAUGAACAGACAAAGGGACGUUCAGUGAAGGGGACUGGCAACAACGCUACGUCUUCCCUUAUCUCCGGCUUCAAGUCAGCGGUUCAGUGAAGACUCGCCCGAGCUCGUCACUCUUUCUCAGCCUCCUUCAGCUUCUUCAGCACGUGUAGAUCCACUCGCUAUAACGGGUGAGAAGCAUGAGGAAAGCCAGUGAGCAUAACUCGAGGCUGGACAGCAUAGCGAUGUCGCCGGUGAAACGAAGCAGGAGUGGGUUGUCAGCAAGAGAACCGAGUGUCGUCAUGAGGGAACGAUACGUCUCUUCUUCGCGAGUCUCAAGAACGUCCAGCGUGUUUCUCAACAUGGAGAACGAGAGCACUGACCCUGAAGAUACCCUCCAUACCCUCCAUGAAAAUAUUUUACGGUGUGAGAGUAAUAUAUCUAACAAGCUACAUCGAGCAGUUUCCAUCAGCUGCUACCAGUCCUGCAAGAAGCAUCUGGAUGAAGGGAUGGACAUUAACUCUGUCGACGAGAUCGAUGGUUCCAACGCCCUCCACAUCUUAUGCUUGAAAUCCCGCAAAGGAGAUCCCCGAACCUUAGACAUUGCCAAGUUGUUCGUCGAGCGAGGCGCUGAACUGGACGCCAAAGACUUAAAAGGGAACACUCCUCUUCAUAUAGCGGCAAGAGAAGGACUGAAAGACGUUUGUAACGUACUCAUAGAUCAAGCAGAGAAAGCAGAGAAGCCUUUAGUUAAUAACUUGAAUGGCAAACGCAUGACAGCUCUCCAUGUAGCGGUCCAGCAACGCCAGUGCGAGGUUGUCGAGCUGCUACUAAAGCGAGGAGCUAAACCGAAUGUGAAAGAUUACAUCUCGUUUUUUCCUAUUCACUAUGCAGUUGAGAACGGCUGCCACCGCUGCUGCAGAGCACUCGCUCCCUUCUAUGAAGGAGAUGCAACCCUAACCAAAAGGCAAGAAUCCCCGCUGAUGAUUGCCGCGAGAAAAGGUUAUUGUAAAACUAUUAAGGCAAUACCUGUGGAAAAAAUAAACGUAAAUUACAAGGAUAGUGACGGAAACACAGCACUACAUAUUGCAGCCAAGAAAGGUUUUGACAACUUUCUUGUAUCUCUUCUUGAUUUAGGCGCAGCUCCAGACACACUAAACUCUUCCGGGUGGACGCCGCUGAUGUCCGCUGUGGCCAAGGAGAAGGCAAAGUGUGCGAAGGUGCUGAUGGAAAGAGGGGCUGCUCUGAGUGUGAAGAGCAUUGAUAAGGAGAGUAACAUUCUUCACAUAGCGACAGCCAGUAAAUCCCAUCACUGUUUGGAGCACUUACUGAAAAAUGAUGAAGUUAUGAAGUUGAUCGACGAAAAGAAUAAGGAUGAUUAUACACCGCUGGCUCUAGCAGUUCAGAGGAAAAGUGAUAAAUGCAUCAAGCUUCUAGAAGAGGCUGGUGCUUCCCCAUUCAUAGGAGAUGAAGUAAGAGCGUCAAUAAUAUAUAAUUCUCCAGGUUACAGAGGAACCAUCAUCCUACAUGAAAGGUUGGUACGGGAGAAGAAUGUGACCUUCACCAAUGAAUCCAAAAUGACCCCCUUACACAUAGCUGCCCAGGAGGGAAGCGUCGAUGCCUGCAAGGCUCUGCUCCGUCGAGGCGCUCGCAUCGACCCCUGUGACAAAUACGGCCGCACACCUCUCCUCUGGGCCGCUUUUUACGGCUACGAGAGCAUUCUCAAGCUCCUGCUGAAGAAAAAGGCCUCGAGGCGGGCGAAGGACGAUAAAAAGUACACCGCCCUUCACUGUGCCGCCUUCAGUGGCAAACUGCAGUGUUGUAAAGUACUUCUCGAAACAGACCGCGGACUCAUUAAAGAAAAGGACAAAAAAGGAAAGUAUGCUCUUGACGUUGCCCAUGACCAAGGACGCUUCGACGUCUUCAUCUUCUUACUGGAGAAGUUUUCGGAGAGGUCAAUUAACAUACCGGACGACCUGACGGAGAGGUUUCAUUCCUACGUCCAUCAGAUGCUGAGCGCCAAAAAAGAGUCAUUGCUGGAGGCGGUGGUCAGGAGCAACUGGUGGGAGGCUGGCUUUGGACUGGUUGGUAAGAGGUUGCAUGGUGAGGCCCCUUGCCUCCUCUUCAGGGACACCAUAAAAGUCUUCCCUGAGCUUGCUUACAACAUCAUGACCAAGUGCCAUUCCAGGAGAGAUUUCAGACUCUUGGAAGACAAUUUCGGCGUGGAGAAAGCAACACCAACAACAACACCAAAUUCCGGCCACAAGGAAGACGCCAACGGGACCGUCCAGGGGGCAACGAAGACCCAGGAAGAAGGGAAGUCUACCAAACUGCUCACAUGUGACGGGAUGACCUGGAAGCGGCAGCACCCCAUUUACACCAUGGCAUCAAGGGAGAACUCUCUGCCCCUUCUGCAGCACCCGCUAACCAAGGCCUGGGUGGCGUACAAGUGGCAGACGUACGCUUGCUACAUCUUCACGCUACUCAUGAUACUUCGAGCGGUCACCAUCGUCUGUCUGGUCUCUCUCCUUUGCUACCUCAGACAUCUCAUUCAGCUGGAUCAGAAGUACAAGGACGCCGUGCCGUUAGAGAAAGCCUGGGUCCCCGCCUACAUAUUGGUGCCGAUGGGACUCUCCGUCGGUUUGCAGGAGCUGGAGGGACUCAACAGAAUGAUCCGCCUCAAGGACCACUGGUUAAUACAGCUGAUGCAGGUGCUCUGGCCCACGCCCACCAUCAUCACCCUCCUCACCCUCCUCACCAGGAACACCAUUAAGGCGUACUUCUGCGGGAUCGCGGCCUUGGUCCUGACCGGCAUGGAGUUCGUCUUCAGAAUCGACCACCUGCCCAGCUUCAACAUACUCACCAGCAUCACCCAAGAGUUCCUCCGCAAAUACCUGAAGGGCUUGUUGUUCGCCACCUACAUCAUAGCUCUAUUUGCCUUUAUCUUUUAUUUGCUGUUCCUGGAUGAAAAAGAGUUUAGGUCGAUACCUCACGCUGUACUUAGCAUUGCUUUCUGGCAGAUGGGUGACUUCAAUCAAGAGAUAUUUUUCAAGGAAAUUAAAUUUCCGGUCAUCUCGCACGUUUUGUUCAUCGUCUACUUGUGUACUUUCGGCGCCUUCAUCGUAACCUUGAUUCAAGCUCCUUCCACGACCAGAGAGGCUUUCUUCCUGAACAAAAAAAUGAAAAUGAUCAAUCUCAUUUUUUAUAUCGACAUCUGCUUCCCGUGGAUUAGGAAAUGUUACAAAACUGGCUUACUAAGUGACAGAGGAGAGUCAAGCCAGAAUUUGAUACAGAAGGGCCUUUGUGACUUCUGGAAAACGUGGGAGGAGAUCGAAAACGAGGCACCAGGCGAUGGAAUUCCCGCUAUGUUCAGGGACAAGUGCAAACGCUGCGGGGUGGUGUGCACGUGUGAGGACAAGAGUGAGAGGCGCUCGUCUGGGGAAGUGACGGCGCAUCUGGAGGCGCUGACGCAGGAGAUCAAGAGUCUUCAGUUCCAGAUCAACCUCCUGCAGCAAGGGAUGAACAAGUAAUUGAAGAGGAACAAACAAGGGGUCAUGUGUGCAUACAGGAAACCCCUCCGUAGCGUUUCCCACUAAUUUAGUGUAUAAUAUUUUGAUUGAUAAUUCAGUGUAUAUUGAUUGAUACGGUUAUAAAGAAUCCUUUGAUCAUAUUUCAGUACGGUUACAAAAUUCAUACUUAAUGUGUUUGUCUUAUAUGUAAGAUCAAGUUCACUGAAACUACAUUAAUACAAGAUUACACUAAUAAUUAUAA